AUGAACACAAUGACGUCGAAUAUCAUAGACAAAAUUAUGAACCUAGAGGUGCCCGAAAAUGGAAAUUCCUCGGUGAACAUUAUUUUUGGGGUGAUCAAUAUUUUCUUCUUCGGAAUAGGAAUGAUUAUCCUGGGAAUAAUUAACAAAGACAUGGACGACCUCAUAAUUGGAAUAUUGCAGCUCCUCGUUCCCUUGAUCGGUUGGAUCUGGGCCGUGUUCUGGGGAAUCCUUAUCGUUAUUAAAAACUCCAAGUGA